AUGUCAAUUAACUUUUUUUAUUGCCUGCUUGUGGUGACAAUAGAAGAAAUUUUCAUUCGUCCUAUUAAUGCCGAUGUUGCCGAUGCAGAGGGCAAGGCUUUAUAUUUUUUAAAAAUGUCGGGCAUACAACAGCAAACGUUUAAUUGGGACAAAGCGAAAAAUGGUGAAUUGUUGGUAACAAAUUUGGAAAAUAUGCGGGACGCGUUAGUAAAUGUACGUGCAACCCUGCAACAACAGGCCGCGGACAAUAGGAGACGAUUACAACGUUAUAACUGGAAACAAGGAAAGAUGCAAAAGCCAGUAGAAGAGGGUAUACCUUUCCCUUGUAACUUAACAAGUGUGCGUUCAACGGAACCACCCACAAGCGUAGAUCGUUUAAGACCCGGCGACAUAGAUGUUGUUGCAGCCAUAGGUGAUUCCUUGUCUUCCGGCAAUGGUGCGCUAUCUCAGCAUAUUUUACAUUUGGUCACUGAAUUUCGUGGUCUAUCCUUCUCCGGCGGAGGUGCCGCUAAUUGGCGCAAAUACUUAACUUUGCCCAACAUAUUAAAGGUCUUUAAUCCUAACUUGUAUGGAUAUGCAACCGAUAGUCGUUUAGCAAUAGAUAAGUCUGCCUAUUUGAAUAUCGCUGAGCCUAUAAUGAUGUCACGUGAUUUGGAAUAUCAAUCACGCGUGCUGAUAGCACGUAUGCGUCAAGAUUCUCAUAUUGAUAUGGAACGUCAUUGGAAACUGUUAACCAUCUUUGUGGGCAAUAAUGACUUUUGCACAGAUUUUUGUCACUACGAUAAUAGAACAAUAUUUCUAAGAAACCACGAGAAAGAUCUACUCAAUGCUUUCCGUUUGUUAAAGGAAAAUGUGCCGCGUUUGUUGGUGAACUUACUGACUAUACCGAAUUUAAUCAAUAGUCUUUACAACCACCUAAAGAAGGUGAACUGGAUGUGUCAAACUAUCCAACGUUUCGUAUGUCACUGCAUUUUCAGCGAUCGCUAUGACAACAAUUAUUUACAAAUGAUUUCCAAUUUGAUGCAGCAAUGGCAAGGCAUUGAUCAACGCGUCGCCAAUUUAGCGGAAUUUCAAACUGACAAUUUUGCUGUAAUUUUUCAUCCAUUCGUUGUUAAUGCAUCGUUUCCCCUUUUGAGCAAUGGUGCGCUGGAUAUGCGUUAUUUGUCGAACGAUUGCUUUCACUUCAGUCAGUUGGGUCAAGCUACGGCAGCCAAUGCCUUAUGGAACAGCAUGUUACAGCCUGAUGGGCAAAAACAAGUCGAUAUGAAUGAGCCCUUCAAACGCUUUGAAUGUCCCUCUAUAACAAGGCCCUUUAUAGCCACCUCAAGGAAUAGUGCUAAAGUUAAGAGUUAA